CGCCGCCGCCGCCGCCGCCGGGAGGAGGAGGAGGAGGAGGAAGAGGAGGACGGAGAAGGCGAGGGCGGGCCCGGCCGGGGCACCCGCGCAGCCCCUCCGGCCGCCGCAGACAAAUAGGAAGCCCGAAGUGAGGGGAGGACGGGAUGAAGCUCACCACUUCUAAAGUGCCCUGUAGCUGUCCAUCCCAGGGGUCCCUGCUGCCAGUCUUUCUCAUAACAAGCUGGAGAGGGCAGCGGGUAGCGGAGAAGUGAAUCAGGAUGCCCCCUGGAGUCGACUGUCCUAUGGAAUUCUGGUCCAAGGAAGAGAACCAGAUCGUGGAGGUAGACUUCUUGCUGCCCACGGGGGUCUACCUGAACUUCCCCGUCUCUCGAAAUGCCAACCUCAGCAGCAUCAAAGAGGUUCUCUGGCACAAUGCCCAGAGCGAGCCCCUGUUCCACAUGCUCAGCGACCCCGAGGCCUACGUCUUCACCUGCAUCAACCAGACGGCUGAGCAGCAGGAGCUGGAGGACGAGCAGCGGCGGCUCUGCGACAUCCAGCCCUUCCUGCCCGUGCUGCGGCUCGUGGCCCGCCAGGGCGACCGCGUGAAAAAGCUCAUCAACUCCCAGAUCAGCCUGCUCAUCGGCAAAGGUCUGCACGAGUUUGACUCCCUGGGGGACCCCGAGGUCAAUGACUUCCGCACCAAGAUGGGCCAGUUCUGCGAGGAGGCGGCGGCCCACCGGCAGCAGCUGGGCUGGGAGGCCUGGAUGCAUUACAACUUCCCCUUGCAGCUGGAGCCCUCAGCCCGGGGCCUGGGGGCCGGGGCGCUGCGCGGCCCCAGCAGGACCCUCUUUGUCAAUGUCAAGUUUGAGGGCAACGAGGAGAGCUUCACCUUCCAGGUGUCCCCCAACGACUUUCCCCUGGCUCUGAUGGCCUGUGCCCUCAAGAAGAGGGUCACCGUGUUCCGGCAGCCGGCCCUGGAGCGGCCUGAGGACUACACGCUGAAGGUCAACGGCAAGUACGAGUACCUGUAUGGCAGCUACCCCCUCUACCAGUUCCAGUAUAUCUGCAGAUGCCUCCACAACGGGCAGACCCCUCACCUCACCAUGGUCCACUGCUCCUCCAUCCUCGCCAUGCGGGACGAGCAGAGCAACUUCCCUGCGCAGACCCCCAAGCUCCGCACCAAGCCGCCCCCAAUUCCUAUGAAGAAGCCAUCCUCGGUGUCCCUGUGGGCUCUAGAGCAGCCCUUCUGCAUCGAGCUGAUUCAGGGCAGCAAGGUGAACGCCGAUGAGAGGAUGAAGCUUGUGGUCCUGGCCGGCCUCUUCCAUGGGAACGAGAUGCUGUGCAAGACGGUGUCCAGCUCCGAGGUGACCGUGUGCUCAGAGCCCGUGUGGAAGCAGCGUCUCGAGUUUGAUAUCAACGUCUGCGACCUGCCGCGCAUGGCGCGCCUCUGCUUUGCGCUCUACGCCGUCAUUGAGAAGGCCAAGAAGGCGCGCUCCACCAAGAAGAAGUCCAAGAAGGCGGACUGCCCUAUUGCUUGGGCCAACCUCAUGCUGUUUGACUACAAGGACCAGCUGAAGACGGGCGAGCGCUGCCUGUACAUGUGGUCCUCCGUCCCGGAUGAGAAAGGGGAGCUGCUGAACCCCAUGGGCACCGUGUGGAGCAACCCCAACACCGAGAGCGCGGCUGCCCUGGUGAUCUGCAUCCCCGAGGUCGCUCCGCACCCCGUGUACUACCCCACCAUGGAGAAGAUCUUGGAGCUGGGGAAAAACGGGGAGCACGGACGCUUCACUGAGGACGAGCUGCAGCAGCUGCGGGAGAUCCUGGAGCGCAAGGUGGCAGGUGAGCUCUAUGAGCACGAGAAGGACCUGGUGUGGAAGAUGCGCCACGAGAUCCAGGAGCAGUUCCCCGAGGCCCUGGCCAGGCUCCUGCUGGUCACCAAGUGGAACAAGCAUGAGGAUGUUGCCCAGAUGCUCUUCCUGCUCAGCUCCUGGCCUGAGCUGCCGGUGCUGAGUGCCCUGGAGCUGCUGGACUUCAGCUUCCCGGACCGCCACGUGGGCUCCUUCGCCAUCCAGUCCCUGAGGAAACUGACGGACGACGAGCUCUUUCAGUACCUGCUGCAGCUGGUCCAGGUGCUGGCACGAGUCCCACCUGACCGCGUGACCGUUCCUGCGGGCCGGCCCCACCGCAAGAUCGGCCGCUCUUCCCUCAGCUCCGAGAUGCACGUCCCCUCCGUGGCCCUGCGCUUCGGCCUCAUCAUGGAGGCCUACUGCCGCGGCAGCAACCACCACAUGAAGGCGCUGAUGAAGCAGGGGGAGGCCCUGAACAAAAUGAAGGCCCUGAAUGACUUCGUCAGAGUGAGCUCCCAGAGGACCACCAAGCCGCAGACCAAGGAGCUGAUGCACGUGUGUUUGAGGCAGGAGAUCUACAUGGAGGCCCUCUCGAACCUGCAGUCUCCCCUGAACCCCAGCACCUUACUGUCGGAAGUCUGCGUGGAGCAGUGCACCUUCAUGGACUCCAAGAGAAGCCGUGGAUCGCAGGCAGCAGGGGAGGCGGCGGGAAGCUGCAGCCCGGGCAUCAUCUUUAAGAACGGCGAUGAUCUCCGCCAGGACAUGCUGACUCUGCAGAUGAUCCAGCUGAUGGACGUGCUGUGGAAGCAGGAGGGGCUGGACCUGAGGAUGACCCCCUACGGCUGCCUCUCCAUGGGGGACCGGACGGGGCUCAUCGAGGUGGUGUCGCACUCGGACACCAUCGCCAACAUCCAGCUCAACAAAAGCAACAUGGCCGCCACCGCCGCUUUCAACAAAGACGCCCUGCUCAACUGGCUCAAGUCCAAGAACCCCGGGGAAGCCUUGGAGCGGGCCAUCGAGGAGUUCACGCUCUCCUGCGCGGGCUACUGCGUGGCCACCUACGUGCUGGGCAUCGGGGACCGGCACAGCGACAACAUCAUGAUCCGGGAGAGCGGGCAGCUCUUCCAUAUCGAUUUUGGCCACUUUUUGGGCAAUUUCAAAACCAAAUUUGGAAUCAACCGCGAGCGAGUCCCGUUCAUCCUGACGUACGAUUUUGUCCACGUGAUCCAACAGGGAAAGACCAACAACAACGAGAAGUUUGAGAGGUUCCGCAGCUACUGUGAAAGGGCCUACACCAUCCUGCGCCGCCACGGGCUCCUGUUCCUUCAUCUCUUUGCACUGAUGCGGGCAGCCGGCCUGCCUGAGCUCAGCUGCUCCAAAGACAUCCAGUAUCUCAAGGACUCGCUGGCCUUGGGGAAAACAGACGAAGAGGCCCUGAAGCACUUCCGAGUGAAGUUUAACGAGGCCCUUCGAGAGAGCUGGAAAACCAAAGUGAACUGGCUGGCCCACAACGUGUCCAAAGACAACAGGCAGUAGCGGCGGCCCCAGCUCCGGCCUCGAGCCUCGCCGGGGACCAACCACCCGCGGCGUCGCCCAAGGACCGUCGGCGGUCCUCCGGCUACCCGGGCAGCGUCUGGCGGGGCAAGGACCUACCCCACAAUUGCCUUUGGUUUACAUGGAAAGAAACUCCUGCAUUUAAUUUAUUUGUGACUUGAAACUUUAAGGAAUGGAGGAAAAAAGCAGACAAUUGAAACGCAUUCUGACGUGGGGCAAGGAAAGUGCGAUACUUGGGCUUUGGAUCAAGGGAGGGGGGCAGCAGGCGGCCCCCUGGUGGAGGAGCCCCUCACGCCGAGCCAGAAGGCCCCCAGCAGCGGGUCCCGGAGCAAGUGCAGACUCUCCUCAAGACUGGCGCACUUGCUCUGAGAGCGUCGUCACUGGCCUGCCCCUCUCGCCGCCCAGCGUCUCCUCGCCGCUCAGGCGGCCUCUGGGCCCCGAGGAGACUGCCCUGGCAAAUCCCUGCUGCACCUGCCCACUCUCCACUAGCUGCUAGGACUUGGGCAGGCUCCCGGGGGACGCUGGGACCUGCUGAGGCCCACCGCAUUUGAUUCGGGAUUCAGGGAUGCUCACUGUGUAACUUCUAAUUUAGCUCUUUUUAGACGCCAGAAGCAAGGUUCUGUCUAGUCGUUCAUCAGAACGAAAGAUCCUGUCUGUAGCUGGGAGGGAACGGUGGCUCCCAAGUGAGCCCACCACUCAGUGGGGGCUCACGGGUGAUAGGAAGCUAUGAAUUGUGUUCACCGGCCCAGCCUAUCACCUGAACCACUUACUUUCAGUUGGGAUGUGUGGUCUUUAAAUGCUUAUCAUUCAACCAUGUUUAAAAAACAAAUCACCAUGAGGGGCUUGUCUUAGCUUGCACUGUUAGCCGAGAGGUGAGAAUGGGUCGCGUGUUUUAAUGUAGUCGCUGGCUGCCUGCUCCCAGAGCAGCAGCAGCAGCAGUUUUUGUGUUUUUGUUUGUUUGUUUGGGGUUUUAUUUUUUAACCUUGAAACCGUGCAAAAAGCUUAUAGGCCACCGUCACCAUGUCCUUCCCUAGACCGGUUCCAGGUCUGGGACUUCUGAGAACUUCAUUUUCCGAUAUGCCUUCGGCAAAGAGCUUCCAGUCUGUCCAUGGCAAGUGGGUGGCCGAGGCUGGCCGGGGCUCCUGCGGGGACGGCCUACGAGCCAUUCCACAAACCCUCCCUGGCCUCUUCCUGCCUUGUAACGAAUGUCCACGAUGGUGGAAGUUGAGGUGUUAAGGGAGUCAGAGGCAGGGACAGCUCUCCUCUCUCUAGACCAGGUGCAUUGUUAAAUAAAGAACAAGGUGCUGCUCCCUUUCUCAGUUCAGGUCAUGUGUACAUCGGGCCCACGUGAAAGGGCCUCCUGUGUGCACAGUUAAGUUUGUCACCGCUGGGCGGGUUCGCGUCAGUCAGAAAUCAGCCCCCAUCCACACUGCCCCUGCCCCGUUUGGAGUCCAGAUUCACUGCACUUUCUUUUUUUCCCAAAGUAAAUACUGAAAUUCAAAUCAAAAACUCGGAACAAAACCCAUCCAGCUCACCUGUUUUAAAAUAGGAAAAGCCAAGACUAGAACUUUAUUUAUUUAAAACGGGUUUGUGUGCUUCCUGGCUCAAGGCAGCACAACUUUGCACAUACAUAGCAAUUCUCGGUUUCAGUGUACAGACUGUAUGUGCCUAGUUUGAAGAAAUAUUUUCUAUUUUUUUAAAUCAUUUCAUAUUUCUGUAAGUAGGAGGAUGUGUUGUGUGUGACUGUGGGUUAAGACAAGUGGUCUGUGAAACCUUGGAAUGAGAGGUAGAAGCAGAUUUUUAAAAAAAAAUAAAGCCUUUUUACAUCA